GUCGUGCGGCGGGUGUCGUGGUGGCAGGGAGUGAGGUGUGUGGUGGUGUGUGUGCUGGUUCCUCGUGUCGUUUUCUGUUGGAUGCCGCUGGUAGCCCGUUUUCUGUGACUCCAGUGCUGGGUGGCAGCGGUGACUCGUGUGUGUGUGUGUGUGUGUGUGUUUGUGUGUAGGCUCCGUGGUGUGUGUGUGUGUAGGUCCCCUGGUGUGUGUGUGUGUAGGUCCCGUGGUGUGUGUGUGUGUGUAGGUCCCCUGGUGUGUGUGUGUGUGUAGGUCCCGUGGUGUGUGUGUGUGUGUGUGUGCGCGCCAGAGGAGCAGGUGGUGAGCGAGGCGUGGCCGCCCACAGGUGUGGCGUAGCAUGUGACUGCCGUCCUCACGCCCUCACGGCCGCCCAUGGCUGACGGUCGGCGGCGGCGACGCAGCUCCCGCGCCCACGCCCACACCCACGGCAAGGCUCCCGCCGACCAUGUGGUCCAUGUCAAUCUGGACCUGCGCCCGCACGCCCGCACACGCUCCGGAUACGAGACAUCCACGCCCACGUCCACGCCCGCAGUGUGUCAGGACGCCCUCGACCCGCCGCCCAAGUAUGACGACAUCUUCAGUACGCCGCAGGCGCCGCCCGCGCCCACCGCCAUCCACCACGCCCACCACAAGCGCCGCCUCAAGGCCUGCCUGUUGAAGCACCUGGCGCGAGCGGGGCGCGGCAGGAGUCUCUCUCCCACGGGCGGCCACGGGGCACGGCGGGGGCGCGCCACCCGCCACGGGGCCAGCGCUUCGCCCCCCACCCCCAAGGAGGGCGCCGCGCCCGCCUCGCCACGGCCUAGCGUGCGGCGCGCCCACAGUGAGCGGCAGGAGCCGCCGCUGCACCUGCUAGAGGAGGAGCAGAAGGAGGAGGGCGGCGGCGGCGCGGGGCACAGGGCGGCGGGGCGCCGGUUCACGCUGAGCCUCAAACCAGGACACUACCAGGUGAGCGUGCGGUGGCGCGCCCGCGGGCGUCCCCUGCGCCUCACCCUCACGCCCCGCGACGCGCUGCGGCCCGAGGCCCCGCCCCCUCAACACCCGCAGCCGCUGUACUACGGGAGCAGCGCCGUCCCGGAGGCCUGUCCCUCCCCUGCCCCAGGCCCUGCCACUCCCUCGCUGCCGCGCCGCCUGGUGAGCCGCCUGCUGGCGCCGCGCCUGCUGCUGCAGCAGCAGGUGGGCGUCAACCCCGCGGCGGCCAGCGGCAGGCGGGGCAGCCGUCGCCGCUGGGGCGCCGCGACGCACACGCCACGCCCGCGCAAGGGGCGCCACAGGCUGGCAGAGAGGAAGAAGAAUGAAGGAAAUGAAUUAUACAAGACAAAGGAAUAUAGAGAUGCGCUGCGGCUCUACACACAGGCCAUCGAUCUGUGCCCGGACUGUGCCGCGUACUACAGCAAUCGGUCAGCCUGCUACAUGAUGCUGGGAAAGUACACAGAGGCACUGAACGAUGCGCGGGAAGCUGUCAGACUGGAUAAGACAUUUGUCAAGGGUUACAUUCGAGUGGCCAAGUGCAACAUAGCGCUGGGGGAUGCCACGGCUGCCCUGUCUGUGCUGCGGGAGGCGGGGGAGCUGGAGGCGGGCAGCAAGGCAGUGAAGGAUGAAGUGAGCCGCGCCCAGGCCCUCAUCAGGUACCAAGACGAGAUUGAGAAGGCAUUCGGCAAGGGAGACUAUAGAACUGCCAUCUUCCACCUGGACCGUGCCCUGGAGUUUGCUGUGGGGUGCCGGGCGAUGAAGAUAAGAAAGGCAGAGUACCUGGUGAUGCUACAACGCUACAGUGAAGCUCAGGAGAUGGUGAACGAGAUUCUUCAGUUUGACAAUACCAACGUGGAUGCCAUCUAUGUGCGUGGGAUGUGUCUUUAUUACCAAGAUAAUCCCGAGGUGGCGUUCAACCACUUCCAGCAUGUUCUUCGCCUUGCCCCGGAUCACCACAAGGCAAAGGAAGUGUACAAGAAGGCCAAACAGCUGAAGCAGAAGAAGGAGGAGGGCAACGAGGCUUUCAGAAGAGGGCGCCACCAAGAGGCCCUCACCCUGUACACUGAGGCCCUCGCUAUCGACCCUCUCAACCAGGUCACCAAUGCCAAGCUGUACUUCAAUCGGGCCACUGUCAACUCCAAGCUGAACCGUUUGGAGCAGGCCACAGAGGAUUGCACAGCGGCGAUUAACCUUGAUGAUGGCUACCUCAAGGCCUUCCUGAGACGAGCCAAGUGUAACCAGCAGCUGGAACGACACGAGGAAGCUGUGAGGGACUACGAGAAGGUCCUUAGGCUGGAUAAAAGUCCGGAGCACAAGAGAAUGCUGCAGGAGGCCAAGGUGCAGCUCAAGAGAUCUAAGAGAAAAGAUUACUACAAAAUUCUGGGAGUGAACAAGAAUGCUACAGAGGACGAGAUCAAGAAGAACUACAAGAAAAUGGCUCUCGUUCACCACCCUGACCGCCACUCCAGCGCCAGUGAACAGGAUAAGAGAGACCACGAGGUAAAAUUCAAGGAAAUUGGAGAGGCCUAUUCUGUUUUGACCGACACCAAGAAGAGGGCCAUGUACGACCGUGGCCACGACUUCAACGAUCCUGACGGCGGCUUUGCACAUGAAGAUAUAGACCCAAGCCAAAUAUUCCAGGCCUUCUUUGGGGGGGGGCAGGGGGGGUACACCUUCUCCAACCAAGGGGGGAGCAUUCCAGCAACAAGGGGGCUUUCCAGGGGGUGGCUUUGGGGGGCGCCUUCCCCGGAGGUUUCCAUUUCCAGUUUGGCUAAGGAGGGGGCUGUGGGGCUGCUCCGUGGGGGGGUGAGGGGGUGAUGAGGUGGUUAAUAUUGUUAUUUUGAAUAUUAUUAGUGUUUUUAUUAUUUUUUUUAUUUUUCGUUUUGUUAUUAUUACUUUUAUUAUUAUUAUUAUUAUUAGUUAUCUUGUGCAUUCUUUCUUUGUUUUCCUCCCCUUUCUCUUCAUCUUUUAUUUUCAUUCAUCUUUGUUAUUUAUUUUAUUCACAAAGUUCCAAUCACUCACAGUCACUCAUUGUAAUACUUGUGUUAAGAUGCUCAUUUGUUUGAUGUAUGUGUGUAUGUAUGUAUGUAUGGACACUCAGCUGCUGUACAGGGUGUGUCAGGAAGUGUGUGGCAGCGACUGAGGCAGGUGAGGGUAUAUACAGGGGCUUGGCAACACUGCUAGACUGAUGCUGCCUCACUCAUUGGUUGGGCACACUCUCUCCUGUCUUGUGUUGCUGUGUGUGGCAAAUUAAUACUAUUACCACCAAAACUCUCUCUCUCUCUCUCUCUCUCUCUCUCUCUCUCUCUCUCUCUCUCUCUCUCUCUCUCUCUCUCUCUCUCUCUCUCUCUC